AUGAAAUACAACAAAGAGCCUAUCUCAGAGAGCUCCUAGCUAAAUGUGCUGCUGAUGUAAUACUGCUUAAUGAUGAUGAACUUAAGGAAGGAGAAAACUAUCAGGAACCUCCCAAGGAGCUGGAAUCCAUCAUCAGACAAACAGCGGCUCGAAUGCCCAGGAGUGAAAAGCCUUGGGAGAAUAUUAACAUCAAUGCUCCUUUCCAAGAGGAAAUCAGAAAGCGUAUAUGGCGGAAAGAUGACGAAGUCAAGGAAUUGGACGAAUUGAAAAUCUGUGGACUCAAUCAUCUGAAAGGAAAGAACAAGAGUGGUCAAUUGUUUCUGCUUAGUCAUCAUUACAUGGGGAAACAGAGAGAAGUAUGGCAACAUGAACUGCAAACCGCAAAAGACCCAGUAUGGAGUAUACUAAAUGUAGCCGAAAUAAAUUAUCAAGACAUCCCACUCUCUGUUUACCGCCUGCAACGCUCCGACGGGACGGAAUUUACCUGCAAGGAAAAUGACCUUUAUAUGUUAAAGAUGGAUGACAUCUAUCAUAUGUAUCUAGCCUUCCAGGAAAUUCCAGUCACCUGGGACAAAUCUACACAAGAGGGAUUCAAGGCACUCAAGCGCUUCAUGAUCAGACAAGCCAAAUUCUUUGCUUCCCAUGAUCUUCAGAUGGCCCUAGAAACAAAUCUGCCAAAGACAAACCUCUCAAGACCAAAGCUUUACGGGCCAGAACUUGAGAACCAUCCUGCCUAUUACAUCUUCGAUCGCCCGUUAGCUAUCAUCUAUCUGAACCACAAAGGUGAGAGGCGUUUGUUGUUGGCAGAAGAAAUCAACAAGUACUGUGAUGGAACGCUGAAGAUCAUUGAAGAAAAACUGCAACCUAUCAGAAAAGAAUUUGAAGAAAAACAACAGAAGUAUGCAGAUGCCACAGACGAUGAACUAACAGAGGCAACCAGAAUUGAUAAAAUCUUGAAAGCCAUCGAGAAACAACUUGACAGAAGAAGGUCUCUCAUAAAUUACGA